CUAAAUUAUUAAAGAGUUGGAAGUGUAUCAAACAACAAAUUACCCCUAAAGAAAAGGAAAAAGAAUAAAGGGAUCACUAGUAGUCAAAGGAAACAUAUCUAAUCCCUCGAACGCAAAGUACCUGAAUUCUAUUGGUCCAAGGAUCGGGCUUUCUGAUUCUCCACCCGCCUCUCUCUCUCCCUCUCUUCCUCCUGUGGCUCAGUUUCUGGGCUCUUAUAUUAGCCUCCCCUUCUUUUUCUUUUCCGAAUCCACUUCGAUAGUUUGUUUCUCCUUCCCUUUCCCUUUCUUUGCUUCUCUCUGUUUCUGGGUUUCUCUAUAUACCUGACAUUGUUCCUAAAGCGAAAAAAAGGGCAUCGUUCCCUCUUCUUCGCGGUUGUAUCUUGGUUUUCCUUCUAUACCACUGUUUUUUUUUUUUUCGUCUUUUUAAUUGUUUUCCUUAUUUUCGUUGGUAUCAAUACGAUCUAGUUCGCCCUCCUAGAAAGCUUCUCUUUUGAGCAUCAGCUCCGCUCCUGAGAUCAUUCUUCAACCUGAUUCAUUAAUUGGGUUUAUUGUCUAACUCCGAUUCCGGUGCUUUUUUAUUUUUUAGUUCUGUGCCCCCGGAAUCGAGAGUUUUCUUCCUCUUUUUUCUUUUAUUUUAUAAUUUAGGGUCCUUGUUUGGAAAGAAAAGCUUUGCGGGCAUAUAUAAUUGAGUUGUUUGACCCACUCUAGGUGUCUUGCAAUAGGGUUCCUACGAAUCAAGAAUGCCUCUUAGUCUCUCUGAUGCCCACGCGGUUAGGAAUUGUGAAGGUUCGCGUGAUUCUUGGAGUUUCCGGGGCUUGAAUUCUGAGUCGGAGGGUUCUGAUUGCAACAAAAUGGGCAAGGCUGAGUUUGGAGGCUACGGUGAGCCGCUGCUUGUAGAUGAUGUCGUCGAUAAGUUGCCUAUCGAUCCAUUUGGAAUGGAUAAAAGGUCUACGAUUACGAUCACGGGGCUAAAUUGGCUGUGGAAUGGUUCAAUGAAGUUUGAACCAGAAUUGGGUAUCGUGAAAAAGGGUGGAAUUUCAAUUCCUUGUGAUGGGUUUGAUGGAUAUGGGGUUGACACUAGAUUGCUUGAUGGUGUUUUUGCAAUGGAUGGAAAUGUGGAGGAGUUUAUGAAUUUCGGCCGUUUCGGAAAUUGGUUUGUGAGCAAAGGAGCUCCGGAGUCGAGGGCUUGUGGAAAAACUUGUUUUAAUGGUGUUGAAGAAAGUACACCCCAUGAUGCAAUGUUUUUUGCUUUGGGAUAUCUGGGAGUGCAGGACCUUCUCACUGUAGAAAGGGUUUGCAAAUCUUUGCGCGAUUCGGUUAGAAGUGAUGCUCUUCUGUGGAGGAGUAUUCACAUCGAUCGGCCAUUGAGCGAGAAGAUCACGGAUGAUGCUCUUCUGAAAUUGGCUAACAGGGCACAAGGCACCCUUCAGUGCUUGAGCCUAGUGGACUGCAUAAGAAUCACAGAUAGCGGUUUGAAGCGUGUGAUUGAAACGAAUCCAAGACUGAAAACGCUAAGCGUUCCAGGAUGUGUAAGACUUAGUGUUGACAGCUUAUUGGAUAUGUUAAGGGCCUUCAAGUCUGUUGGCUCCCCAGGAAUAAAGCACUUGAGAAUUGCUGGCAUCCGCAGUGUAACAGAAAAGCAGUUUGAAGAAUUGCAGUUUCUUCUGAAUGCAGAUAACCAUGUGGAGCAGAGUGCCCACAGGCUACGGAUUUAUAGUGGGGUUCCGUCUUAUAUAUCUUGUGAUGAUGAUUGUGCCAUCGACAUUGAGGCCUGCCCCUGGUGCCAUGAGUUUAAACUAGUUUAUGAUUGCCCAUCAGAGAGUUGUCAGGGGAAACAUCAGGCUGAUCAUUUGUGCAGGGCUUGCAUAAUCUGCACACCGCGCUGUAUCAAUUGUGGGUGCUGCAUUAAGGACCGUGAUUAUGAGGAAACAUUCUGUCUAGACUCCCUUUGUUUGGAUUGUUGGAAGCAGCGACCUAAUUGCCCAGAUAUGCUGGGUGAAAAAGGUGCUUCUCAGUGCACCAUCUUUCGUCAAGAGACCAGUUACCAGUUUUGCUUCUAUGGCUGAUGGGAAAGACAUUCUAAAUUUCCACUGGCUGUAGGUUUUGGAGUAGAAUCGUCAUUGUUGCACUCUCCAAAUGAGUAAUGCGAUAGUCACCUGCGUAGAUGCUAAAAGUGGGGUCUCCCGUCUCUGUAAAGAACAUGCAGCCGCUUGUGAGGACGGGAAAUGUACCACCAGCACGGCUCUAACUGCGUAGUUGGUGCCUCUUUGACAUUUUCUCGAUUCAGGAGGUUUGAGGAGGAAUAGAAGAAAAUUAAAAAUAUAGAAAAAAAAAAAUCCUUAAAAAAGUAUAGAAAAAAAUAGAAUGAAAGAAGGGAACUGGAUGAAAAAAAAAAGAGGACAGAAGAAAAAAACAAUAAGGCAAUGCUGGUCAAAUAAAAGCAGGCUUUUGAUUUAUAAUUGUGUCUUGAAAUAGGGUGAUUUCAUGCAUCUCUGGCUCAUUCAUAUAUUUGGACACUGAAGAAGUUGAUUUCUAUGUGCGACUCUGAAAGCGCGGUAGCUUCUGUUUCUGGUAAUGUUUGCCGAAGUGACAGUUCUUGUCACAAAAGUUGGGGGUUUCUCUAAUGGAUGCAGAUGAGGAGAACUCAUAUUAAUAUGCAGAAAGUACUGGAAGAAUUAGAGCACUUGUGUUCUGUGUCAACUUUGUGAUAGCUUGCUUUAUUAUGCAGGUAGUUGUUACACAAAGCUCAUGUGAUUUGUUUGUCACAAAACUCAGUAUCAAUGUAACCCAAAUAAAUGUGGAUGAUUGAAUGUCCAGUUUUUGUUA